AUGUGCGCGUGCAGCGACGUGUGUCGACAGCUGUCGGCACGCGGAAACUGCCGUGUGCGCACGGUGGCGCGUCUUGCGCGGCUCGCCGGUGGUGGGUUCCCGCUGUGGCGCCGGCCUCGCACGUGUUCCGCCCGGCAACUGUCGGGCGGCGGGCAGUCGGAGGUCCCUAGACCACAAGACCAUGACCCCGCGCUUAGCGCGCCAGAAUUGGAGUUCCGGACACCCCGUGUGCGGAGCGCUAAGACUGCCGCAAGCGAGACGCUGUCACUGACGCUCGCAGACACGAGUGAAAGUGACAGUGAGAAAGAACGUAAGGCAAAGCUGAGGAAGCAGAAGAAACACCUGCGAAAAGUGCUCCGGCAGAGAUCGCAGAGUGCCGACGCUGCAACCGAGCUAAUGCCGCCACCCCGCCAGCCGGCGCCAAAAGCGGCACCUAAGGCGGGAGACAAGCCGGAACCGGCGCAGGUAGCCGGGCGCAAGCCCAGCGGCCCAGUCGGGGACGGCGAUACGGGUAAGUCUGACCCGAAGGCGAAGACGAAGGCCUCACGGCCGACGACGCCGCCGGCGGGGAAGACUGCGGGCAGGCCAAAGCUGGCGCAGGUAGCCGGGCAGAAGCCCGGCGGCCCAGUCGGCGCUGGCACGUCCACCCAGACUCGCCCGGCGGGAGAGACGGUGGCCGCACGGCCGAAGUCUCAACCGUCGGAAACGGCGAAAAGUGCGCGGAAACCGGCGCAGGUAGCCGGGCAGCAGCCCAGCGGCCCAGUCGGUGGAAGUGCCAGCAGUAGCCGCGCCUCUACGCCAAUGUCGGGAACCGAAGGGCGCCAGCCCGGGACUCGACGGAAGAGGCGAAAGAAGAACAAGAAGCCGGACUUGGCGCAGGUAGCCGGGCAAGUGCCCAGCGGCCCAGUCGAGGACGGCAAGUCCCCAUACAAGGCAAGCCCUAGCGAUCUAGCGACCAUAAAGCUUAUCGCGACGCGGCUCGAAGACGUCCUUGAACUCGUGGACGACUCUCUAAAACCGGGACAACUGGUGGAGGAGGAAAGUCUAAGUGACCUCAAGAGACAACUGAGAGCAAAGUUGUUUGAUUGGGCUAUGGCGCAGUCGGCCCUCACAGGAAGGGUGGAAGCUUUGGAGGAGGAGCUGGCGAGGACGAAAGCGAUGCCCCUGGCGCCGCCAAAGACCUUUGCACAAGUUGCCGCCGCUCCACCCUCGACAGAACGGAAAACGCAGGCGAUGAUAACACGAGCCCAGACUGAGAAGGCUACGCUCUUCAUCAAGUCUAAGGCAAACGAAAGCGGUCAAGAAGUGAGAAAGAAGUUCACCUCCCUGGUCAAGCCAGAGGUAGAUGGAGUGAAGUUCUCACGGGUCACUACCAACGGCCCGACGCUCAUCGUUGAUGUGGCGACAGCUGAACUGCGCGCGAUCGCAAGCGGUGAUGUGCGAGGUGCGACGCCGAGCGGAGGAGGAGUCUCUAGACAUUUUAUGUCUGCAAGAGCCCUACUCUAA